GCUGGGCAGAGAGAGGAGAAGGAAGUGUGCAUGAUUGGAGCUAACUCAGCUACUGCUCCAUUGCCAAACGCCAGCUGCCACACCUGUGACCCUCCAGCCUUCACCACAGCCUGGAGACUUCACCGUCUGACCAUACCAAGGGAGGGUGUCUUACACGGUGUAGCUCACUGGCUAACACAGUCCUGAAAUGGAAUCGUUUCCUGUCCUGGCACUCACUCUGCUGUUUUCAGCAACUCUGCCUUCUACUGGUGAGAGUGGGAAAGUGCUGGUUUACUCUGCAGAUGGGAGCCACUGGCUAAACAUGAAAAUCAUGGUGGAGGCUCUUCAUUCUCAGGGCCAUGAAAUCACCGUGCUUCGUUCAUCCACCAGCUGGUAUAUCUCCGAAUUCUCUCCGUAUUAUACCUCCAUCACAGUCAUCCAGCACCAAGCUCAUCACAUAGAAAGCCAAGACAUGAUGUCUUCUUUCUUGAAAAGAUCAAUAGAGAUUCGACAGAAUGCAGGUUCACUUUGGAGGUUUUUUGAGUUUCAUCGACAUAUUUUUGGACUGAUAACAGAAUCCCAAAAAGCAGCGGCAAAUCUAGCCACAGCAGUCUUCGAAAAUAAAACACUAUUGAAGGAAUUGGAGGACACUGGAUAUGACGUUUGUCUGACUGAUCCUGUUUUUCCAGCUGGUGUGCUGCUGAGUCACUAUCUUCACCUUCCUUUAGUUUUCAAUGUCCGCUGGCUGUACAAUGGGGAGGCACACAUGGCCUUCGCUCCUUCACCACUGUCCUAUAUCCCUGAACUCUUCUCUGAGCUCUCUGACAAGAUGGACUUUUUUCAAAGACUCAGAAAUGUAAUCAGUCAUGGCAUGAUCAUCUACAUGCACCACUUCUAUGCCAACCCACCAUACCAGGCUUUAUGCGACCGUUACUUUGAACCCGGCGUCACCCCUAUGUCCCUCAUACUAGAGGCUGAUAUCUGGCUGAUGCGGGUUGACUUUACGUUUGAGUUUCCUCGUCCCACCAUGCCCAACGUCGUCUACAUUGGAGGCUUCCAGGCUAAGACACCCAAGCCUCUUUCACAAGAUCUGGAGGCGUUUGUGCAGAGCUCUGGCGAACAUGGAGUGAUCAUCAUGACUUUGGGGACUCUACUGAGCGACCUUGGACCUGAAAUAACAGAGAUCUUUGCCUCGGCAUUUGCCAGCCUCCCUCAGAAGGUUGUGUGGAGGUACAUUGGACAAAGACCUGCCUCCCUGGGAAACAACACCAUGCUGGUUGAAUGGCUACCCCAAAACGACUUACUGGGCCACCCUAAAACAAAGGCUUUUGUCACACAUGGGGGUACUAAUGGACUUUAUCAGGCGAUCUAUCACGGUGUGCCAAUUGUUGGCAUUCCUCUGAUUUUUGACCAGCAUGACAACAUUGUGCGCAUGAAGAGCCGAGGUGUGGCUGAGAUGCUUGAAAUAGCAGAAUUGGAUGUUGAGUCUGUGAUGACUGCACUGAAAAACAUUCUCGACCCACAGAAGCAGUACCAACAGAAAAUGCUCAAAUUAUCACAGGUUCAUCGCGACAAACCGAUGAAACCAGUUGACACUGCAGUUUUUUGGAUUGAGUAUGUCAUGAGGCACAGAGGUGCCCCACAUUUGCGCGGUGUGUCUCAUAAGUUACCAUGGUAUGUCUAUCACUCUCUUGAUGUGUUGGCUUUCUUUGUAGGAUGUGGCCUACUUUUGAUUGCGACAGUCUUGUUUUUCUGGAGAUGUAUCAUCAGAUUUUUGAUAAAGAGCAGGAAACCAAAGUGUGAUUAAACAAUACAUUGCUAAGAGGUUUUGCUGAGAGAUUUUGAAAGUUAACAGCAACAAUUCAGAAACGAAAAAGUACAAGCAAAUGAGGAUAGUUAAAAGCACUACUUCUUUGUUUGAUUGUGCGAUACCAUUGCUUUUCAUCUGAAACUAUUAUGAUUAAGUAAAACCAAAGUUGGUAUCGCCAUCACAAUGCCUUCAAUGGUUCUAAAGUUCAGAUUAAAUUAAAUGACGUGAGUUGUUUCCUCCCAGCUACAUCAUCAUCUCAAAAACAAUAAUCUCUAUGAAAAAUUUCAAUCUGGGUUCUGCCCCUCCCACAGUACAGAGACUGCACUCAUCAGAGUUACAAACGACCUGAUGAUGGCCUCUGAUUCUGGUUCCAUUUCUCUCCUUAUCAGUUGACCACAACAUCCUCCUUCACCGUCUCCAGCAUUACAUCGGUCUCACUGAUCCUGCCCUUCACUGGUUUCACUCCUACCUCACCGAUAGGACCGAGUACGUGGCUCUGGGGGAGACAAAAUCCAGGCCUCACACUGUCGCUUGUGGGGUUCCCCAGAGCUCCGUACUUGGUCCUUCCCUCUUUACCAUAUAUUUGCUUCUCCUUUGUCGUGUUGUCGGCAAGCAUGGAAUUUACUUCCAUUGCUAUGCUGACGACACACACUCUACAUCAAAAUUUCAUCCAACAGCUCUCCUGCCCCCUCUGUCUCCCCCCUUAGCUCCUGCCUGGAGGAUAUAGGGGCGUGGAUGAGUCAAAACUU